CAAGAGCGUGAAAUUGACGCAAAUUGGAUCUCCUUGCAAAGGCCAAGCCACAAUCCGGAAAUGAACGCGAAAAUGAAGCGGAGUCCGCAGCACGGAAGAUCAAACAGGAAUGGGAAGCGCGAAAUCGGGACGUUUACGAACACUCCUCAGCGUCUAUACACGACAAUAACAACAAUGAGUUUGUGACAGGUAGCUCGCGAUGCGGAACUUACCCAGCACAACUCGCCGCCCCGAACUUAUCCCGACUUCAGACAUCGACUGGCGGGCCCGAUACUGGAACCUACCCGCCACCGCCUCUCAUAGAGCAGGUUCCUCUAUCAGAUGUCACGUCAUCAUUACCCUCAGAACAGGAAGAAGAUGGGGUUACUGGUGCAGUGGGAUCCGUUCCUGGUAUACCCCCGGUAGCAAUCAUAUCACCGACAGGUCACGAGCCAGACCUUCGAAUUGAGGAUAACGACUCGCCUCUUUCUGAGACGCAUACAGGCUUAGUAGCACAGUUGCAAGGAGACGACAUGAAGUUUACGUCUAUGUUUUCUAGACGGACAUCUCGUUCCAAUUCUAGGUCUACCCCACCAUCACUUCCAGAACAGCCACCCUCCCAGCCUUCUUCUCCGCCCAUAGGCGCUUUAGGGGCGCGUAGAUCGACAUUUCACGAGUAUAGCGAUAAAGAUUCGCUACCUCCGGUGCCUUGUCUCUCUGCGAGCGAGGCUCACGGGGAUGACUCCACCUCUCCUCCACCAUCACCGUUUACGGUCUCGACCCCAAUAAGCUAUGGUCUCGGUAACACGCUGAGCGACGGCCACGGGCAGGGGCAUACGUCCUGGCUCAAGGCACAAGACUGUAUGCUUGACAGACCACCGAUCAUUGUGGAGAGUCCUGUUGAGGAUAGUUUCGUCAUACAGAGAGGAUCGGAUGAAUAUGCGUCCCAUUUCCCACCUAUGAUCUUAGAAAGCCCUGUCGAGGGCGAGUUUGGCAUUCCUGAAGAGGAUGUCACAGGGCAGGAGGAUAGUUCACACCCAAAUUUUUAUCCCCCUCCUACAGGAAACAUCCAUCAUCCUACACAUCUCCAGCCUCUUCGCCGUUCUACCGCCAAUCCUACUACCAACAACUCCACUCAAAAGCUACCACCACUUGAGCCGAGACGCCGUGCAACAGCGCUAGAUGAAGGCGAGAAUGGGAAUGGCUUAAAGCGAGGUCGGCGGAGUCUGGCGAAGAUAACGACGACAUCGCUCUCCAAUAUGCGGCGCUCGUUCGUGGAUAGUGUGUCAGCCGGUAAAUCACGCGUAUCAUCUGUCGCAGUUCCACGGCUCGCGCCCUCGUCUACAGGUCUGGCGCCAGGACAUCAAGGUGGGGCUGCUGUGCGCCGGUCGGCUCUCAGCCCCACUAUGCACAGUCGAGGGACCAUCGUUGUGGAAGCCAGAGGAAUAUCAGAUGACGAAAGCCGACGGUUGAGUGAGCUUGCAUUUUUGUCUUGAGAAGGAGGAUGGAGGCAGGAAGCUGCUGUUUUUAUGUUUUGAUUUUUCCUGGUUCUGCUUCUCUAGUUAGAUUAUCUUUCAAUGGCGGAAUAGCCUUGCACUCUCGUUAAUGGAUACGUUAUACUGCGCUCGUUUUUUUUUCGCCAGCUACCGAGCUUUUUGUAUCUUUACUACUAUCGUAUCGUAAAUUAAUAAUAGUGAAUCUAUUGGACAUGGUAAUAGAGAUGAAGUUAACGUUGCGAAUAUGAUAUAUUGCUACUAUGACUUUGUUCAGC